GUUUUUUUGGAAGUAAGGCCAGUCAGUGCUGAAAGAGAUGACUUCUUAAGUUGUGGAUUUUCAGAACGUUUUGUAAUCUCUUUAUCACACUGGAAUUUUUUUGUUUUGAAGUAAGGCUUGUUUACCAGCUUCAUCCCCUGGACCAUCUUGGCCUUGGAUGAAGUAAUUGAUCACUAAAGAACUACCGUGCUGGUGAGAUGUGUAAGAAAUUAUAAAGAGCUCUGAUGGGCUAUUUGGGUGAUACCCAGUGCAGUGAACUGCAGGAUUUUUGUCCCUGAGUCAUGGAAGACAGAAGAGCUGAGAAGUCAUGUGAACAAGCGUGUGAAUCACUCAAGAGGCAGGACUAUGAAAUGGCCCUCAAGCACUGCACAGAGGCCCUUCUUUCUCUUGGCCAGUACUCCAUGGCUGACUUCAUAGGGCCGUGUUCACUGGAAAUAGAAAGCAUCAAAAUUGAGAGUCUUCUUUACAGAAUUGCCUCAUUUUUGCAACUGAAAAAGUAUGGACAAGCUGAUGAAGAUUGUAGGCAUGUGCUGGGAGAAGGACUGGCCAAGGGCGAUGGUGCUUUUCAGGCAGUGCUUUGCUGCAUGCAGCUGAAAGGAAAGCUUCAACUUGUAUCCAACAUUCUUGCCAAGUCACUGACAGGAGAGUCCCUGAAUGGGAUGGUAACAAAAGAUUUAACAAGACUAAAAACACUUCUCACAGAAACAGAGACAGCAACUAGUAACGUCCUCUCUGGAUAUCACGUGGAAGAUUUAGAAGAGGGAUCUUGUAAUGGUUGGCAUUUCCGCCCACCACCUAGGGGAAUCACAAGCAGCGAGGAAUAUACUUUGUGUAAAAGAUUUUUAGAGCAAGGAAUCUGUAGGUAUGGUGCCCAGUGUACUUCAGCACAUUCCCAGGAAGAACUAGCAGAAUGGCAGAAAAGAUAUGCUUCACGGUUGAUAAAAUUGAAACAGCAAAAUGAGAAUAAACAGUUCUCAGGCAGUUACAUGGAAACCUUGAUAGAAAAGUGGAUGAAUUCAUUAUCUCCUGAGAAAGUGCUUAGUGAAUGUGUUGAAGGAGUAAAGGUAGAGCAUAAUCCUGAUCUGACGGUUACUGUCAACACCAAAAAGUCUCACCAGACAUGGACUUUUGCUCUCACCUGUAAGCCUGCAAGAAUGCUGUAUCGUGUAGCAUUGCUUUAUGAUGCUCAUCGUCCUCAUUUUAGUAUCAUUGCCAUAUCUGCCGGAGAUAGUACUACCCAGGUAUCACAAGAAGUCCCAGAAAACUGUCAAGAAUGGAUAGGAGGAAAGAUGGCCCAAAAUGGAUUAGAUCAUUACGUGUAUAAAGUCGGGAUAGCAUUUAACACAGAAAUAUUUGGAACUUUUCGCCAAACCAUAGUUUUCGACUUUGGAUUGGAACCAGUACUCAUGCAAAGAGUAAUGAUUGAUGCAGCUUCUACAGAAGAUCUUGAGUACCUGAUGCAUGCAAAACAACAGCUAGUAACCACAGCUAAGCGUUGGGAUUCUUCUUCUAAGACUAUUAUAGAGUUUGAACCUAAUGAAACUACUGAUUUGGAGAAGAGCCUUCUUAUCAGAUACCAAAUUCCUCUCUCUGCUGACCAGCUAUUUACCCAGUCCGUUUUAGACAAGUCAUUGACCAAGACCAACUAUCAGUCACGGUUGCAUGACCUUCUUUAUAUUGAGGAGAUAGCUCAGUAUAAAGAAGUAAGCAAGUUCAAUCUUAAAGUGCAAUUGCAGAUUCUGGCAAGCUUCAUGCUCACUGGAGUUUCUGGAGGUGCAAAGUAUGCUCAGAAUGGACAACUUUUUGGUCGUUUUAAGCUUACUGAAACACUUUCUGAAGAUACUUUGGCAGGACGGCUUGUGAUGACCAAAGUCAAUGCUGUUUAUUUAUUACCAGUCCCUAAAGAGAAGUUAGUACAGACCCAGGGAACCAAAGAGAAGGUUUAUGAAGCUACUAUUGAAGAAAAAACAAAAGAAUAUAUAUUUUUAAGGAUAUCCAGGGAAUGCUGUGAAGAACUUAAUCUUCGGCCUGACUGUGACACACAGGUUGAACUUCAGUUUCAAUUAAAUCGAUUACCCCUCUGUGAAAUGCAUUAUGCACUAGACAGGAUCAAGGACAAUGGGGUUUUAUUUCCAGACAUCACUAUGACUCCAACCAUACCUUGGAGUCCCAACAGACAGUGGGAUGAACAGUUGGAUCCUCGACUAAAUGCAAAACAGAAAGAAGCUGUUCUAGCCAUUACAACCCCACUUUCAAUACAGCUGCCUCCUGUUCUCAUCAUCGGACCCUAUGGGACAGGCAAAACCUUCACGCUAGCUCAGGCUGUAAAGCACAUACUCCAGCAACAGGAGACAAGCAGGAUUCUCAUUUGCACCCAUUCUAAUAGUGCUGCUGAUCUCUACAUAAAGGAUUAUUUACAUCCCUAUGUAGAAGCAGGCAAUCCCCAGGCAAGACCUCUCAGGGUAUAUUUCAGAAAUCGCUGGGUAAAGACUGUUCACCCAGUUGUGCAUCAGUACUGUUUGAUCUCAAGCGCACAUUCCACCUUUCAGAUGCCACAGAAAGAAGAUAUUCUUAAGCACCGAGUGGUGGUUGUUACAUUGAAUACUUCCCAGUACCUCUGUCAGUUGGACCUUGAACCUGGGUUUUUUACGCACAUUCUGUUAGAUGAAGCUGCCCAGGCCAUGGAGUGUGAAACCAUUAUGCCUCUAGCAUUAGCAACUAAAAGCACUCGGAUUGUCUUGGCUGGUGACCACAUGCAGCUCAGUCCUUUUGUUUACAGCGAGUUUGCCAGGGAGAGAAACCUUCAUGUUUCAUUACUUGAUCGACUCUAUGAGCAUUACCCCGCUGAGUUCCCAUGCAGGAUCCUCCUCUGUGAGAACUACCGGUCCCAUGAAGCUAUCAUCAAUUACACCUCUGAGCUCUUCUACGAGGGCAAACUGAUGGCCAGUGGAAAGCAACCAGCACACAAGGAUUUCUACCCACUCACUUUCUUUACAGCUCGAGGGGAAGAUGUACAAGAAAAAAAUAGCACAGCUUAUUAUAAUAAUGCAGAGGUAUUUGAAGUGGUGGAACGUGUGGAAGAGUUAAGAAGGAAAUGGCCAGUAGCAUGGGGGAAGUUAGAUGAUGGCAGUAUCGGUGUGGUGACUCCAUAUGCUGAUCAAGUGUUUAGGAUACGUGCUGAACUUCGAAAAAAGAGAUUAUCUGAUGUUAAUGUAGAAAGGGUGCUAAAUGUUCAAGGAAAGCAAUUCAGAGUUUUGUUUCUUAGCACAGUACGGACAAGGCAUACUUGUAAACAUAAACAGACACCAAUUAAAAAGAAAGAACAACUGCUGGAAGAUUCCACAGAGGACUUAGAUUAUGGUUUUUUAUCUAACUACAAACUUCUCAACACUGCCAUCACAAGAGCACAGUCCCUGGUUGCUGUGGUAGGUGAUCCCAUUGCUCUGUGCUCCAUUGGAAGAUGCAGGAAAUUUUGGGAGCGGUUUAUUGCCCUGUGUCAUGAAAAUAAUAGCCUACACGGAAUCACUUUUGAACAGAUCAAAGCUCAACUUGAGGCUUUAGAACUAAAGAAGACAUAUGUGUUGAAUCCACUGGCACCCGAAUUUAUCCCCCGGGCCCUAAGACUGCAGCAUUCAGGAAGUGCCAACAAGCUGCAGCAAUCACCCCCCAAGGGGAAAAGCCUCCAACAUACCCAGAAUGAUCAUUUCCAGAAUGAUGGAAUUGUUCAACCCAAUCCUUCCGUUCUUAUUGGCAAUCCUAUUAGAGCAUAUACUCCUCCACCCCCUCUUGGACCUCAUCCAAAUUUGGGAAAAUCUCCAAGCCCUGUCCAGAGAAUAGAUCCUCACACUGGGACAAGUAUUCUUUAUGUACCUGCUGUCUAUGGAGGGAAUGUAGUUAUGUCGGUGCCUUUACCUGUACCAUGGACAGGAUACCAGGGUAGGUUUGCAGUUGAUCCUCGAAUCAUUACACAUCAGGCAGCAAUGGCCUACAAUAUGAACCUCUUACAGACGCAUGGACGGGGGUCUCCUCUACCUUAUGGCCUUGGGCAUCAUCCCCCUGUCAGCAUAGGGCAGCCACAGAACCCACAUCAGGAGAAGGAUCAGCAUGAGCAACAUCGAAAUGGUAAAAGUGAUACAAAUAAUCCUGGACCUGAAAUUAAUAAGAUUCGAACACCAGAGAAAAAGCUUACAGAAUCAAAACAGAUUGAUUUGGAAUCUAAUCCACAGAACAGAAGUCCUGAAUCACGUCCUGGUGUUGUUUAUCCCAAUACCAAAUUUCAUCGCAAAGAUAAUCUCAACCCAAGACACAUAAACCUUCCCCUUCCUGCUCCCCCUGCACAGUAUGCCAUCCCCGGUCGCCAUUUUCAUCCCCUCCCCCAGUUACCAAGAGCACCAUUUCCAGUUCCACAGCAGCAUGCCUUGUUAAACCAGCAGCAGAAUAAUUUGCCUGAACAAGCAAACCAAAUGCCACCCCAACCAAAUCAGGUAGUCCAGCAGCAGAAUCCUUUGAAUCAGCUGCCUCCACAGCCACCUCCUCAGCUUUCUCCUGCCUAUCAGGCAGGGCCCAACAAUGCUUUUUUUAAUAAUGCAGUUUCUCAUCGACCACAGUCCCCUCCUGCAGAGGCUGUGAUCCCUGAGCAGCCCCCUCCCAUGCUGCAAGAAGGCCACAGUCCCUUGCGAGCCAUUGCACAGCCUGGCCCCCUUCUUCCUUCACAUCUGAAUAACUUCACUGAUGAGAACCCCCCAGGAUUGCCGAUAGGAGAGGCUUUAGAUCGUAUGCAUGGGAGUGUAGCCCUGGACACAUUACGACAGCAGCAAGUGCGGUUACAGCAGUGGAAUGAGCAUCACGCCUACCUGAGUCAGGGCAGUAUUCCAUACUCACACCAUCAACAGCCUCAUCCUCACCUCCAGCAUCUUCCUCAGCCGCCCAUUGGAUUACAUCAGCCGCCAGUGAGGGCAGACUGGAAGCCUCCCAGCAGUGCCGAAGGUGAAGCAGAAACAACAGAGUCAAGGUUUCAGGACUUACUCAGAGAACUGUCCAAUCGUGAUCAAAGUGAAGCACGGGAACUAGCUGAGAUGCCACCACCUCAAUCAAGACUUUUGCAGUAUAGACAAAUUCAGACUAGGAGCCCACCAGCAGUCCCCUCUCCCCCUCCCAGUACAGACCACAGUAGCCAUUUUUCUAACUUUAACGACAAUAGCAGAGACGUUGAAGUAGCCAACAACCCAGCAUUUCCACAGCGACUACCACCCCAGAUAUUCAGCUCGCCUUUCUCGUUGCCAUCUGAACACCUUGCCCCUCCUCCCUUGAAAUACCUGGCAUCUGAUGGAGCAUGGACUUUUGCUAACUUACAACAGAAUCACCUAGUGGGGCCAGGUUUUCCCUAUGGCCUACCUCCAUUGCCUCACAGGCCACCACAAAACCCUUUUGUACAAAUACAGAAUCAUCAACAUGCUAUUGGUCAAGAGCCAUUUCACUCAUUGUCAUCUCGAACAGUAUCAUCUUCUUCGCUCCCUAGCUUAGAAGAGUAUGAACCCAGAGGACCUGGCCGGCCCUUGUACCAAAGAAGAAUCUCCUCUAGCUCAGUCCAACCUUGUUCUGAAGAAGGAAGCACUCCUCAAGAUAGCCUUGCUCGGUGUAAAGAGCUUCAGGACCACAAUAACCAAUCCUCUUUCAACUUAUUAUCCCCGGAGUCCUGGGUAAACACCACCUCAUCUACCCCCUAUCAGAACAUUCCGUGCAAUGGAUCCAGCCGGGCAGCCCAGCCCAGAGAAUUGAUAGCUCCUCCCAAGACCAUCAAACCCCCUGAGGAUCAACUGAAGUCUGAAAACCUCGAGGUGUCCAGUUCCUUCAACUAUAAUGUGCUGCAGCAUCUCGGCCAGUUCCCUCCCCUCAUGCCCAACAAGCAGAUUGCAGAGUCGGCUAACAGCAGCGGCCAGCAGACCUCGGGGGGCAGCAAGCCCGCCAUGUCCUACGCUAGCGCUCUGCGGGCGCCCCCCAAGCCCAGGCCCCCGCCUGAGCAGGCCAAGAAGAGUAGCGACCCUCUGUCUCUGUUCCAGGAACUCAGCCUGGGGAGCUCCGCAGGCAGCAACGGCUUUUACUCCUAUUUUAAAUAAUCACUUUGUUUUUGCCUCAAGGGAGAAUGUUUUAAUUUCUGUUUCUAUCAAUAGAAUUAAGAUAGUUGGACUUCAUCUAUAGAUGCACAGUUCCCUUUGUUUUAAUAUUAAAUAUGUUCUCACUUAAUUGCUUCGCUGCUAGACUUGCAACUAAUUUUUUAAAAGUAUAUUCCAUUAUUUUGCAUUUUUGACGAGUCAGAAUUUUGACAGCUUUUAUGUAGAAUAAAAAUAUUUUUAAAUUUGUGUAUUGUUACAUAUGUUUGCAUCGAGCUAGCAGCUAAGAGGUUAAUUGUGCAACUAUAAAAAAAAAGAGAAAAAGUUUGUCUAAAAUGUAUUUAAAAAGAAAAAAAAAGUUGUAAGUAGCAUUUACAUUUAUUCAAUAAUAUUACCAUAUGCUGGGUUUCUGUACCAGAAAUGGCCAGUUAUGUACAAAAUGUAUGUUAUUUUUGCUUAAAUUCAUUUAAAAUUUUUUAAAAUAAAGGGCAGCAUCUUAUAAAUACUUUAAGUUUUAUCAGCUUUUUUUUGGUGACAAGAUGCUGCAUUCUAAAACUUUUAUAGUUUUAGACCACGUAUGGUGUGCUGAUGUCAUCUCCAUCCACUGCAGGAUAGAGUCAGAGGCAUUCUUUGCAGGUGUAUCUGUAUGCCACUGUUUUUUGUAACGUGAAAAAACAUGGGCAUACUUAGUUAUUUUUUUGAACAAGCUACACUUCAAGCUUGUUUUUAACGUUAAUUUGAUAGUGUGUUUUUUUUAAACAGAUCAUGAAGCUGAAAAUUUUUAGGAUUGUUGGUGCUUAGUAGACUUGAUAACUAUUUUAAAAAUGCGUGGAUUUAGUAAAAUCUUUUUUUCCUCACUAUGCAUGUGUAAACGUUUGUAAUCUGGCUCCCCGUCGCCCCUGCCCACUCCAGUGGUAUAAAAAAUUGUGCCGCUUUAAGGUUAUUCCCCCUCCCAUAAAAAUUUUGGUACCUUAUUUAAUGUUUACAUAACAAUGUGACAUUAUACAUGGCAAUUCAAAUACUUUACUAACUGUUUGGUUUGAGGAACAUCAUUAAAGAAGAAACGUGUGUUUGUCAAA